AUGGAGGAAGCCUCGACAUCGCCGCCAGAGCGGCAAGCACAUCAUGAAGUGGAAGGAGCCGCCACCAACGCAGGCGAUGCGUCCACUGGCGAUGGUUCCAUUUUACCACGUCCUGACGGUACCACGAACGACGAAGACACCGCAGGAACAGCAGAUCGUACGAAGUCCAGUGCGGGCUUGAAAAAGUCGAUUCUGCUGCAGCCCAUGCAGCGUCUCAAUUCAAACGUGAACGCGAACGAACUCUUCUACUUGGCAUGUCAAGCUGGAGACGUGCCGGUUGUGCGGUCUCAAAUGGACCGGGCAACAAGUGGAGGUCUCGACGACACACCGCUUUGUGUAGGGUGCGUCGAAGAGCGUCUGGAAGUGGUGUCCCUGCUGCUCGCCCAGCCUGCGAUCCAAGUGAACCUGUACAACUAUUCGCACCCUCCUCUUGCAUUAGCCACCGGUCUCGGGCACGUCGAAGUCUUCCAGCUCCUUCUCAGCCACCCAUCCAUCGACGUGAAUGUCGCCACAGCCAGGCUAACUCCGUUGAUUGCGGCGUGCGAAAACGGUUACUUGGCCACGGAUAUCGUCAUCCGCGUCGUCAUCUGCAUCCUGCCAAAUUUAGUCACUCGCAUCGUCACCUGCAUGGACACAUUUUUCGUCAUCUGUGUCGUCGCCCGUGUCGUCGUCAGCAUGAUCGCGGAUUUUGGCACCACUUGGGGCCAAAUUUGCGUCCAAAUCGUGCACUUUAUGCCUUCGAAACCGCGAUUUGGACCAAAAUUGGGUCCAAAUCGUGGGGGUUUCGACUCAGCGUAUGUGUCUCACGUGGCGACAUCGGCCAAAGUGUGGGAGCUCCUCAUCGACCGUUACGAAGCCCGAACGUAUGCCAACGUGUCGCAUGUCAUCCACGAGCUCAAUAGCAAGGUGCACGUGGCCGGAACGCCAAUGUAG